ACGAAAAUCACAGAUAUUUCAUUAAGUUUAUUUUCAUCAAACUUUAUGAUAUUGAAGUAAUUGACAUAACUUCUUCAAUGAUAAAAUCCUUCAGUAAUUUCAGCAAUGAAGUAAAUUUGAUGAACCGGCAAAAAUCUGACUUGGGUGUGCCUCUUGGGGAACGUUAUAAUAAUCCUCUUACUUAAUUAACACCGUCUGAUAUUUAUUUAAAUAAAAAACAGUAAAAUUGUGCUUGUUAAAAUUAACAAGAGCGGAAAACUUCCCCCUAAAUGCAUUUUAUUGAUUUCGAAUAUUUUGUUGCGAGUGUUCCGAAUAAAUUUUGCAUAAACCGGCAAUAAAAACACAUAAAAUAAAACGGCGGACGAUCCAAAUCAAAUUUUACGGCACCAAACAAAUUUUUGUUCCAGGUAAAACUUCGGAUGGCCACCGACCAAUAAAAAAAAAUGCUCUCGACGUUCCAGCAACAGGCAAAGAGUCAAGUUUGUCACAACACAACCCUAGAAACCUCCUGCAACCAGACCUCGGCCCUCAGUUUGACAUGUCUCACCCUCAACCAGACCUUUUCCGACUUCUACUGCGAAUACAGGCUGAACACCACCAGCGACUACUUUUGCCGCCACUGCGACGCCAACUCCACCACCAGCAUCGUCGUCAGCUUCAUAUCGAGUGUCAGUGAGUUCGUACUCAGAACGUCCGACGUGAAUUGCGGCUUCCUGAAACUGCUGAACCGGAGUGAGGGCAUCACCUGGACCUGUUCCAAUAGUGUCGAGGACCAAAGCCACUAUGACUGGAGCUUUUUGUUCGUUGUGAUUUUUAUAAUAGCCGGUGGUAUUGGGAACAUACUGGUGUGUUUGGCUGUGCUGUUGGACAGGCGGUUGCAGAACGUGACCAAUUAUUUUUUACUCUCGUUGGCCAUUGCUGACCUGCUGGUCAGCCUCUUCGUCAUGCCUCUAGGAGCCAUACCUGGAUUUUUAGGCAGUUGGCCCUUUGGCAUAAUUUGGUGUAACGUCUACGUCACAUGCGAUGUGUUGGCCUGCUCAGCUUCGAUAAUGCACAUGUGUUUCAUCAGCCUGGGACGAUAUUUGGGGAUCAGGAACCCGUUGAAAACGAGGCACAGCACCACAACCAGAACAGUAGUACUUAGGAUAGCACUAGUAUGGCUCCUGUCCAUGUUGGUGUCCAGUUCAAUUACAGUAUUAGGCAUAAUCAACCACACAAACAUAAUGCCCGAGGAGGGCUCGUGCGUGAUAAACAACCGGGCGUUCUUCGUCUUCGGCUCGCUGAUAGCGUUCUACGUCCCGAUGGUGAUCAUGGUGGUCACCUACGCGCUGACCGUCCAGCUGCUGCGCAAGAAGGCCCGAUUCGCGGCCGAGCAUCCGGAGAACGACCAGUUCCGGCGACUGGGCGGCCGGUUUGCGCAGAAGCACGACCGCACCCCCACCGCCAUUUCUGCGCAGCAGCACACGCUCUGGAGGACGGCCGGCUCCGGCGAAAGGCCCGCAAACAACAUCAGGAUAAGCGCCUCGCACACGCAGCUACCCUACGCGAACGGCGGCAGCGGUCCGAACACGGUAUCCGGGGGCGGCAGGAGGGACCAAAGCACCCAAACGCCGGACAACAUAGCCAGGGAGACGCGCAACUGCAAGUUGAGAUCGCUGAAGCUGCAACUCAACAACACCACCACCAACCUGACGAAUUUCAGAUUGUUGGCGGGAAGGGUGAAGCGAAAAACUCUGGCCGCGAACUCCGUGGCGACCGAACAGAAGGCCUCCAAAGUCCUCGGGCUGGUGUUCUUCACGUUCGUCCUGUGCUGGUCGCCGUUCUUCAUCCUGAACAUCAUCUUCGCCGCCUGUCCGGCGUGCAAGGUGCCCGAGCACGUGGUCGUCGUGUGUCUGUGGCUGGGCUACGUGAGCAGCACCAUCAACCCCAUCAUCUACACCGUGUUCAACAAGACGUUCAGGGCGGCGUUCAUAAGGCUGUUGCUUUGCCGGUGCCAGAGAUCGUCCAGACCGGUCAGAUACAGAUCGGUGAACGAGAACCGGGGCGCAACAAGUUUGUGCACGCCGUCGGCGUUGCCGCUGGCCAUCAGUCUUCAGGGUACUCCGCUGCUUACGCCUGGUUCCACCACCGAUUCGUCCUACGUCAUCAGGACGCCAUCGUCCAAUUUUCGGGAACGUGGCGACUCGUACGACGAUCACGAUUGUUAGGUACAUGUUAGAUUGUGCGUGUGCACAGGCAAAUGACAAGCAUUAAACAGGGUUUCAAAAAAAAAAAAAACAUAAAUAUCAUCUAAAAAUAGCAAUUAAGACUUU